AUGGCUGGUGUCUGGUUUCAUGUCAAAGGUAGAGACGGAAUGCAUUACACCUAUGCUGCGAUUGCUAUUUGGGCAUUCGACCACUUUGCAAGAAUUGUCAGACUCUUUUGGUCUGGAGUCACCUCCAAGGCAGAUAUCAAACUUCAUGGAGAGCAUAUUAUGGAAAUCAAAAUUGACUACUCCCAUAGAUGGAAUUAUCGACCUGGCUGUUAUGUCUAUUUGCAUAUUCUGCGAAAAUACGGAUUCUGGCAAUCACACCCUUUUACUGUAGUAUGCUCACCUGUGCCUGACGACCAAGGUAAGCUGGUGAUUUUCGCAAGAGUGAAGAAAGGUCUUACAAAACGCACUGCAAAAUAUAUCAAGAGCCAACCAGACCAAUGUGCUCGACUAGGUGUUUUAGUGGAGGGCCCAUAUGGAGGGACUCAUCCACUUCACAAUUAUGAAACUGUGGUGCUAGUGGCAGGAGGAGUCGGUAUUACAUCAAUAUAUCCUUAUGCUGCUCAGUUGAGGGAAAACAGGGACAAAACUCAAAGAAUGGUAUUUAUCUGGGUCAUGAGAGAUUAUGAACCUUUGACUUGGUUUAAAGACCAAUUGAAAUACAUUCAGGAGGAUCCUCGAAUCGAAGUACGUCUGUAUGUUACAGGAACAAGUGUCUUGGUUAGCAAUGAAUCCUCUGCAGCAUCUAGCACAACCAAUCUAGAAAAGGUUCCAGAGGAUACAGUAUCAUCUUUGGGAAGUGAGAGAAAAACAUCGCUCACCUCGUCUGUUCAGUUCGAAACGAAACAAGGAGCUCCAGAUUUGAGAUCCAAAGUUGCACGAGAUAUUACCGAAGCAACAGGAACAGUUGCCUUCUUGGUCUGUGGCCCUGAUAGAAUGAAUGAUGACAUCAGAAAAGGCAUCUCCGAAAGCAUCGUUAAAUCCGAAUACAGAGUAGAUUACUUUGAAGACUCAUUCUCCUGGUGA